AUGCAGAGUUUAGCUCGAGGAAACGGCCGUUUGUGGCUGAACAAUGCUGGUAAAUUGAGCAAGACUGGACUAAGGUUUCAGUCGGGUGGUUCCAGUGGUUCCAGCGGGAACCACGCGGGUUCGGGCGCCAAUGAGGUGCUGGAAGAGUACAGGGCGAUCCGGGAGGCUAUUGGCAAGGCGCAAGAGCGGGACCAGGCGCGGUCGCAGCCCGAUAAAGAGGCAAUGAACCGGUUGUUGAACCCUGCGAAGCUACAGAAACAGAUUGUGUUCAGCGACAAGACGCCCGAAUGGACGCAUUCGAGCUUGAUGAAGGACGUGUUGGGCCAUGGAGAUGGUAGUACCACAGUGAAUGGAGGCAGUUCCGAGCCAGGGUCGGAACUCGCUGGGUCUGGCGGACGUCCGCACUCGAGUUUCGACCUUUCGGUGGACUUGCCGGUCGGCUUGUCGCAGCGCAGAGUGCGGCUCUCGCCCAUGGAACGGGCCAUCUUGCGGGUCGAGGAGAAGGAGAAGCUACGCGUGGCGUUGGACCAUGCGUUGGAGCCCCAUUUGGCCCACCUUAAAAGCACCAUCAAGUCCGAUAAAGACCUAUUGGACCAGUUCAAUUUGUACCUCGACCAGUAUCUGAAAGCAGACCACAAGCUCGAGCACACACAGUCGUCACGGUUCGUGGAACAGAUCCAGAAGCGUGCCCUUGCCCACCCGGAGAGUCUCCCACAGCCGUAUGCGGUCACGCUGCCGGCUAUCGUGCGCUAUGUGUUCGAGAGCGGACAAUUCUCGUUGCCAGCAGACAGAUGCUAUUUGAUUCUCAAGUCGAUCUACGACAGGUGCAAGAGCUGCCAGGAUCUCUCGCUGUACUUGAACGUGUGCAACGUGGACUUCUACAACCUGCUGGUGAAGUAUACGUGGAGUGAGUACCGGGACGUGGUGAUGGUGAAGGAGCUCAUCUACGAGAUGGAUUUCAACGGAAUACGAGGCGAUAUCACGACGACAGAGGUUCUUGAGUCUGUGUGCGAGGAGAUGCGGUACGUUACGGAUGCGAUAGCUGAGGAAAAGGAGGAGGAUUUGCCCGUGCCGGAAUCUGGGUUAGUUUCGGGCGCUGUGGUGCCCGAGGCGUCCAAGAUGGCGGUGCUAUGGUGUGCAGACAACGUUGCUGCGCUCAAGAGUUUGAACAAGUAUUUGAAGACGUUGAAGAAGUCGAUGAUGCGGGCUGAGGCGUGA